AUGGCAGUGAACGUUGAUGCAGAGUACCUCAAAGAGGUAGAAAAGACUCGGAGAGACCUUCGAGCUCUCAUCUCUUCAAGAAACUGUGCUGCCAUUAUGCUCCGUCUCGCAUGGCAUGAUGCAGGAACCUAUGACGCUAAGAAGAAAACCGGAGGUCCCAAUGGAUCGAUUAGGUUCAAGGAAGAGCUAAACCGCUCGGAAAACAAAGGUUUGGAGAAUGCAGUCGCCUUCUGCGAGGAAGUAAAGGCUAAGCAUCCACAAGUCUCUUACGCAGACCUUUACCAGCUCGCAGGAGUUGUUGCAGUGGAGGUUACCGGUGGCCCUGCAAUCCAAUUUACUCCAGGCCGCAAGGAUGCUGAUUCCCCAGACGAAGGAGAACUUCCAGAUGCGAAUCAAGGUGCUUCACAUCUAAGAACUCUCUUCUCUCGAAUGGGUUUAUCGGAUAGAGACAUUGUAGCUCUCUCUGGAGGCCACACUUUGGGACGUGCACAUAAGGAGAGAUCCGACUUUGAAGGUCCUUGGACACAAGAUCCUCUCAAGUUUGAUAACUCGUAUUUCGUAGAGCUUCUAAAAGGGGAGACUCCGGGAUUGUUACAACUGAAUACCGACAAGGCUCUACUUGGUGAUCCCAAGUUCUACCCCUAUGUUAAGCUGUAUGCAAAGGACGAGGAUGUGUUCUUCAGAGAUUACGCAAUUUCACACAAGAAACUCUCAGAACUAGGAUUUAAUCCGCCAAGAAAAAUUCCUUCAGCAGUGACGCAGCAGACACUUGGAAUCGUUGUUGCUGCAGCUAUGGUGAUCUUUACCAUAUGUUAUGAAGCAAGCAGAAGAGGCAAGUGA